CCUUGAUCGGUUCUUCUUUACUUCAUCAAGUCGUUCGGCGACGGAUAAUAAUAACAACACUCCUCCGCCUACCGACAGCAUGUCGAAUGAAAGCAAGAAGAGGAGGCCAUCAGAGUCUUCAACCGUUUCAGCAUCGUCAUCAUUCUCACUACCUACAACAUCACCAAAGGCUGCCCCGAACCUGCAAAGCGAGAGUGUACAAUUGCCACAACAAGAUCCUUUCCAAUCUGGUAGAAAGGAACAUGGCGAGGACGAAAAGAUGGCAAUAACCCAGAUGAAGCAGAACGGUGUCGAAACACUCAACAAUAUUAGUGGUUCUAACUCCCAUAUCAAUAAUGGAUCUGCGAAACCUGAAAAGAGGCCUAUCACCCGAAAUUUAAACAGUGUACCUCCAGAACAUCUACUUGAACCGCCACAGCACCAAAAAAGCACCGCAUAUGAGACCCAUAGUGACCCGGCGAUCGCCAAUUCCCAAAACCAGCACGUAGAGCGGGAUCACGCGCCAAGUCAGAAAGCCGUAGCCUGUAAGACGUCAACUGAGUCCUCGGGCCCAGCCAAAGACACGCCCGCAAAGAUUCUGUCGCCUCUAGAGAAGCUACAACAGAAGCGACAAGUUCAGACAGAAAAAGCGAAUAUGCCUCGGUGGAAGAUGAAGGCGGCACAAAAGAAGAACAAGAAAUCCAAAGACACCGAGAAGGAAGAUCCCCCAUAUCGUCCAAUGAAUAAAUCAGAAUAUACUCAAUUCUGUAUCGAUCCGCAUUCUGCAAGCUUGAGAGGUACAGGGAAGUCGGACGUAAAGGUUCAAGGCAAACUAGUCUCGGGAGACAUCAAAAAGAAGCCAUCUGGAGCCAAAAACACACAAGCAGACACCGCGCAAAAGAAUGAAGCAACUGCCGUGAAAUUCAAAGUUGGGAGCGCUGUGCUACCAAAAAUGACUGCCCGGAUCGAAUCACCAAUAGCAGACACAGAUCACGAAAAGAUCGAAGACCCUCAAGAAACCCACUCAGAAGCAGAGAGUGCUGCAUCUGUUCCAAGCUCUGCAACACUCCAAGCAGAAGAGCCGACGAACCGAAAUGACGAUACUCCUAGAAGUCCAUGGGAUGAGCUCGUGGCGGCGGCCGUGGGAGCGCUUCAAGAGGAGAAUGUGACGCUGGCAACAGAAGCUACAAUACAAGGAGGUGUGGAAACUGCUCAGCCUAGUACCAUGCACCCGACUGAAGAUAACUUGUCCCGGGAUAAUGAUGCUCAGACUAUGAACCCUGCCGAUGUGACACGGCCAAAUCUGCCUCGUCAAGACAACAUAAGCCCUUUGGACGAAUCUACGCUUAGAAAUGCAAGAAGUCCAAAGGAGACGAACGAGAGAGUUAAUAUGAAGCCGAUGGUCCCAGACUCUUCCAAGAAGAUAGACAUAGAUUCGAAUCCUGAGGAUAAUAAAAGGGUGCAAAGGGUGGCGCCAGUUACGACAAGAGAGAAGAAUGCCAAGAAGAAAGAGAGGAAAAGGAAGGCCGCUGCAGCUGAGUGGGAGAAAAAAGCAAAAACGGAACAAGCUAAACGGGAGUUGAAGGAGAAGAGAAAAAUAGAACAACAGGAGGCUGAGCAGAGAAAGAUUCAAAAGGCUAGGGAGAUUGAAGCGAUAAAAGCAAAUGUGCCGACGAGAAUCCGAAGCGACGGUGGGGGAGGAAUCAGAAACCCCCAUAGCGAGGAAUCCUGUAACAGUGCCCAGAAGCUUUCGGUGGCGCAAAAAACUGAUUCCACAGUCGCGACUAUUUCGGAUCUUAUCAAAACCCAGGAGCUCGAUCAUCAUCAGCGAACGGGGCGAUGGAUCGAGCAAACAUCGCAGCACAGCGGGCAGCCUGAUCAAGUUCUCCAAGUCGAAGUAAACGAAGAUAAGAUACCAAGUAAAGAAAACGACCAGAAGACCAAGUUGUGGUACCCUGGAGAGAGCGGUAACGAAAGAGAAGACAAGACAGGUUUCGAGCAGGCUGGGUCCCUAUCAGAACAUUACACCAGUCUUUUCUCCAACGCACCGGCUCUGCCGUUCAGGUAUCCGACCCGGCGCCUGCAGCUUGUAAAAGGCAACCCCCGAAACCCUGACCUGAUCUUAAGGGCUGGUCAACAAAUGGACGCUGUAUACGGUCGCAUAGAGUCGCGGAAGAAGGACCCACAGGCAGAUAAAAUGGCUGGAAAACCCCCCAAAUCCGAAAGCAACAUAAAUGACACAAGUGAUUCAGCUCUGGAAUAUGAAUUUUCUGUAUCGAGUUCUGGAGCGUCAUCCUUUCUUUCUGAUGCCCCGGCAGCGCACGAGACCCUUCCCGAUAGCAAGGUCAACGAAGAAUCGUUACCGACCGGGCGUCAGGUACUUGUACAGAAGUCUCGAUGUUAUUCAACACCCACACCCCCUGUAGAUGUUUCUCGGCCAGAAUCGGAACCAUAGAAUGGUAGAAAUGAACCGAUGUCUGAACCAAGACUCGAGCCUCAGCUCCAAGUUCAUUCACAUACAUGUUCUCCGACUAAAUCACUGUCACCCUUGCUUGAAGACCCUUCCGAAUUGCCAAUUGUACGACUACCACCGCAGAAAAAGAAGCCACUAGCUGAUAAAAAGGCAUCGACUGAUGGAAAGCCACGGGCUGCUGAAAAGCCACUCACAUCCUCAGUACAGGGGGCUCAGUCGCCACGUCUG